CGGUCCCCCCCCCCCCCCCCCCGGAUUGUACCUCAUCCGAUAGCUACCUAUUAUAAGACGAGGCAGGCAAUUCCAGCACGGCACACUUAGUCAACCUGCACGUCAAUUACCCCCCCUGUCUGCCUUAUUUUUUUUCCUUUCGUCGACGUAAAAGAUCACCCCCAACUCCAGGUACCUUGGGACUUAGUUCGAUUCUCUCACCAUGUACAAGAUGGCUCCUAGAAGAUCGAAACAUUGUGCCAGGUUGGGGGGGCCACGCCUAGUAAUAAGACCGAACUGCUCCAUAUUAACACCAUCCUAACUUUAUCGUCCACUGAGGAAUGGAUGUUAUCUCCUCUAGGUCAUUGCGUACACCACACAGCAGACCUACGUCUCCCGCACGCACACACCUACACCCACACCCACGCACACUCUCUCCCUCUGUCUUCGUCUCUCUGUCUCUUUCCCAGACCCGUCCCAUCAUAUAAGUAUGGCUCGCUGCCGCCAGCGUCUUCCAGUCUUGAUCACAGUCUUCACCCCAAACACGAGUCAAUCCCAAAAGAACUCCAUAAGAAGAACACGUCCGCUUUCCUCCUACACUGCUCCGACUUCUUCUCCCAAGUCUCGAGUUUAUAUCCUAUACCACAUCACUCCUCUCACAUCUAUCUUAUUGUUCUUACAACAACCAUCACCGCCGCUCCUACUAUACUAUACUCUCUAUCUUAUUCGCUCUCUUAGCCGUCUCCAAAUGUCUCAGCCAUCGUCUACUAAUAACAACGCGGGCAGCUGCCCGUCGGGCCCGUUCUGCCCGUCUCUCACUACUGCCGAAGAGCAGUCUCGGCUGCGAAACGACCGCCUAAACACAGCCAAUUCGUCGAUAAGCGCUCAGAAUGUUACCGAUCGCCUCUACGGAGACUUCACUGAUUACGACCAUAUCGAGAACGCCAGGUCACAGCUCUUCACCUUCUCAAGCCGAUUCGACGCUGGCACUCAGAAUGCCCCCAAGAAGCACAUGAACAACUAGCGGCAUCCCUUAUUCGUCUUUCCUCUGUCAAAGGGAGAGGUCUAUUUUAUGGCGUCAGCGGGCAGGUCUUUCGGACGGCCUCUUCACAGUACAGACCGACGGCGACAGUCUUUCCAUGCGCGGGCUUGCAUUCUAAAUUUCACCGGAUCUUACCACGGUGCGCUAUGGCGAGGCGUUCUGUCACUAGUCGUUGGUAGUUGCUUUGGGGGAGAGGGAGUAAAUCCUGGGGCGUUAUUUCGCAUUCGGAACCGUUCUCUGUAACCUCUGUUGUGUAUGAUUAGACAAAUCUUUGAAAUGCCUACAUUAUUUGGCUUGCUGAGUAUCAAAGUUCCGAGCCAUCUUCCAGGCGAUCUCUUCCUAGCGAUGUCAUGAUGAAACGUUGGACAAGGUCCUGUAAGGUAGGCCCAAUAUGCAUGUGUCUCUAGGACCCAUGCCUUACAUAGUUACAACUCCGGAACGCGCCACAGCCACCGUAACCGCCGAUACAAUAACUACCC